AAAGACUCUCUCCUCCCCUCCCUCCCUCUCUCUCUCUCUCUCUCUCUCUCUCCUACUCACAAUUCUCCCUAUUGAAUUUCAACUACUUUCUCUCUCAUAAACUUAUUUCAUCUUCAUUUCAAAUCGAAACAUUUUCUAUCUCUUAGAACCAACUCAAUGGGAAGCGCUCUAGAUUUCUAUGAAGUCCUCAACAUCCCAAAAAAUUCUACCCCUGAAGAAAUCCGAAACGCCUAUAAAAUACUCGCCAAGAAAUGGCAUCCAGAUAAGCACCCUCCUUCAUCUAAGCUUGAAGCUGAGGCCAAGUUCAAAGCCAUUACUCAAGCUUAUGAGGCACUUCAUGACCUUUACAAGGGUGGAGGCAGCCUGAAGCCAGAGAAAAAGCGGGAGGAGCCAGUCCCCAAAUAUGCUAGUACUCCAGGACGAAAUUUCAAGGAUUUUGCUUAUCCAAGAGCAAAUUCAACAAAUUUUAAAGAUUUUAAUUACUCAAGCAAACCAUUUGCAACACCGAAUUAUACAAGGACUCCCGGGAGAGAUCUUAAGGAUUUUUAUUACUCAAAGGGACCGGCAGCAACAACAGCAGCAAAUUCGCAGCCCCCUUGGCCUAAAUCUUUUUCCGGUCAGCUUCGAAGGAAGCCACCACCAGAGGAGAGAAAGCUCGAGUGCACAUUGGAGGAGCUCUGUCGAGGAUGUUUAAAGGAGAUUAAGUUCAGUCGAGAAGUUGUUGGGAAGAAUGGGUUUACUAUCCGAAGGGAAGAAUCAGAGACAAUCAAAGUGAAACCGGGAUGGAAGAAGGGGACAAAGAUCACAUUCGAAGGAAUGGGGGAUGAGCGUCCAGGCUUCCUUCCAUCUGAUAUCAUCUUCUUAGUCACAGAAAAAGAGCACCCAACAUUCAAGAGAUCAGGCAACAACUUAGUGCUUAAAGUCGAGAUCCCCCUUGUCAAUGCCUUAACAGGAUGGACAUUCUCUUUUCGACAUCUAAAUGGUGAAAAGAUGACAUUUUCUCUUCAUGAUGAAAUCAUAUACCCAGGCUAUGAGAAGGUGAUUCAAGGCCAAGGGAUGCCGAUAGCUAAUGAGAAGGGGCAGAGAGGAGAUUUGAGAAUAAAGUUUCAGAUUGUGUUUCCUACUCAGUUGAGUUCGGAGCAGAAGUCUAGCAUCGUUGAGAUACUAAAGGGUGCCACUUGAUCAUCAUUAUCAUGUCUUUUACACUUGUGAAAAUUGCUUGUAAAAAUGGUGGAUUUGUAUUGAGAGUAUAAAUUCUGCACGUUGAAGAAAAUAUUGUGAUAGAAGUGUUAGGAAAAAGUAAGCUCUCGGAGGUAAAAUUUGUGAUCUUGGUUUCAUGAUUGCUUUUGUUAUUCUCUAUGAACCUUUUUGUUUAUAAGUUGUUGCUUUGCUUGA